AUGGCGGCAAAGGACGAAACAGCGCGCGCGCGCAUCGAUAACAUCAAAGCCGACCUGCUCUCAACUUCGACAUGUACCAGCGCCACGGUUGCUGCGCUCGAGGAACUACUACUGAAGAAAGAGGAGGUUACGACCCAAAAGGAGAAUGUCAGGGCCAAGGUUCAGGCGACAGCUGCGGCGCGGAGGAGAGCUGGCACAGCAACGGCUGCGGCAACGGCUGAGGUUACAAAGCAAAAGUGCGGUACUCUUGCGCCGAGAGAGAGAUACAUACUUGCAACUGAAGUCGCCAACAAAACGCUUCAGACGCUCGCAGAUGCGCUGAAGAACCCGCCUCUCACAAUUGCCUCCGCGAAAUCGAAGCCUGCGACCGCCGAAGAUGCGCGUAAACCUGCACGACCGCGACCCGGACACACUAAGACUUGUUCAACCUCACAGAAGCCUCUCAGGGAGCGAUCCGUCUCCCAGAUCAACAAUUCGCCCCAGAAACGCGCGCCACGCCGUUCAUCGUCAUACUCUUCGUUUCUCUCCCCUGGCCCCGAUCCUGGGCUCGUGGCGAUGGCCGAAUGUGCAAGGACAGCGUUUGCAUAUCUGGGUACCCCGGAGGCACUGAAAGUCCUGGGAAAGGACUCACAGGAGCUGCAGUACGAGAAUGGUGUGCUUGUGCUCAUCGGGAAGCUUGUUGCACUUGGCCUGGACAACUUGGCUAUCAAGGAGCUGAGGAACUUGAAGAAGAGAUUGGAUCGAUACCUUAUUCGAGACGCUGGAAAAGAGAUAGCAAGGGGUGGUCCACAAUCCACUGGGACUACGGAGAAGGAUAGCCUUGCAUCCCUCUUGGACUUUGCGGCUAUCGACUCCAAGAGCCCUGCUGUGCCACUCGUUGCAAGUUUUCAAUCAUACACAUUGCGCAUCAUUGCGAAGCUACGAAGACCACGAAUUGUCGAAACCACUUGGGACUACCUGAAAAUGUCGAACCCUUCAUCGCCCGCAAACUUGCUCUGGCACACCGCCAAGACUCCGAGCAGUCAAGCUAAAGCAGCAAGACAACUAGAGUCCCUGGCGCAGACCGUCCUCUCUUUAUGCCCCAGUAUCUCCAGCGCAGACGACGCCAACACGCUACAGCCGUCCCCAGAGACUGUACUUCUUCUACAGCACUUAGCCUUCAAUAUCCGAAAGCAAUGGUGGGGUCUUGUCAAGCAUCAAGGGAACGAGGAUCAAGAGCUGGCCGAACCGUUUGCCAAGUGUCUGGUCGCUUUCGCCCGCAGAUCACAGCUCAUUCCAAGUAAGAAGUACAAGUUAGCCGAGACCUUGUACGCUGACUUGGUAGGACUGCCAGACGACUUUGCUGCCUCGGAGAAUAGUACCGCUUCGUCUGCAACCGCCAACAAGGCUUUGUCUUCACUUGCUCAAGCUGCUGGUCUAUCUGAUCAGGCUCUUCGAUGGCUAGGCUCAUCAAAGACGUCUUCGGCCUCCAACGCGUCUGCGGCUAAGCAGACCGCGCGGACGAUACGGAUAGCUAUCAUUACUCUAGAAGCAUAUCUGAAAGGCGACAAGAAGCCUGAUCUAGAGGAGACUAUCAUCACUGCACUUGAGACCCUACAUGGGAGUUUAGGUGGAUCAACGGCAGAUCUGGAAACGCUCUUUGCAGAAGUAAACUCUCUGCGUCGUACAGCGACAAGAUUACUUGUAGCAAGUCUCUCGAGAUCCGCCGUUGCAGAGCCCUCUGCUAUUGAACGAUAUGCAGUACCCAUAAUAGCAGCAAGCGUACAUUUCUCAGCGAGGUUCCUCGGCACUAGAGUUCCCGAUGAAGCCGACGCAAAGACGAAAACCCGACAUCGCGAACGAAUAACAGUUGCAUGGAAGUGUUUGAAGAGUACGCUUGACUCUGUCAUGACAUGUUGCAAACAAAACAUACGGACGCAGGAGGAAUGGAAAGAGGUGGAUGCCGUACUACAAGAAUGCUCGCACAUCCUCCAUCGAUUCAGUGAAGAAUUUGAACAUGGCACAUUCUCUAGCGGAGAGGGCGCUGUUCUUGUUGGCUCAUAUACAGUCAAAAUAUCCAACGCAUACUGGGCACUGUAUCUACAACUACGGAAGGCGCAUUGCAAUCUCGAACACCUAGUUGUAGCCAUGCAGCGUUCAAUCGAUCUCUUAGAAUCGAGAUCCUCAUCUGAGCAAGUGAGCGGCCUUCUUCCGAUGAAACUUGAGCAAUUGGGCGAAGCUUUUGAAGACAUGAAACAGAGCGAGCGUUCUCGCAAUGCUUAUCGACGAUGUCUGGACAGCCAUCUUAGUGAGGAUGUGUUGCAACAGCUCUCUGAAGCUGCUGCACGAUCUUCUGUCAACGCAAUCUUCAGUAAUGGUGAGGCGUUUAGUGUUUUGGCUAGGGUGCUGAAAGCAUACCACCACUCAUUCAUCAAAUUCGGUCUUCAGCAACAGAACGAGGUAGCUUUCUAUGACAAUGAAGAGCUAGACCCAGGCGCUAGAGGAGCACUCUUGGAAGUGCAAACUGGCUUUUUCCUACGGACGCUGUCCAAGAAUCGACAAUGGGACUUUACUUUGAACAAGUCGAUAUGUAUCCUCACAGAGCGACUCCAACAGCUUUAUGCGCCACAAACAUACCCCAUUCGGCAUCUAAGAUUGUCCGUUACGCUUCUUCAGCUUUCUCAGCAUGAUCUACAUGUUGUUUCUGAGCAGCUUUCUCCCUCCGAUCUAGCAAAUGACGACAGCGCAAGAGUGUCGGGGUCUCGGGAUGAAGCCUUGAAUAACCACGAAAGUCACCUGAAAGCACUUUACACCCUCAAGUCAUCAAUGCAGGAUCAAUCCCCUCCUACUUCCACCCUUCAGCAGUGUUUUGCAACGUGGGAAUCCUUGGUCGAUUCUGCAACUUCAUGGGCUGCUCUAGACGAUCGCAUAGACAAUACUGAGACAUGGCUACAAGACCUUCAAGCAUGCCUCGAGUUCCUAAAUGCAAAAGGAGAGGAGUACCUUGCAUUGCCACUCCUUCACCUUCUGGUCGCGACACUUGAGCUUCGGAAAGAUUCGGACGCCUCUGAGCUCAUCACCACCGUAUCUACCCUUGGUCUGCAAUUUCUCCAUCUUGGAUACACCGGAAAAGCAGGCCUGUCUCUGGCCAAAGCUGAAGCUUUGGUUCAACGCCGAACCUGCUCUGUGGAGGCCAGACUGCAAUGGCACCUGGCCUAUGCAGAAUUGCGAUUCAACCGAAUCGUAGCGGAUGCCUCUUAUGUUCAAUCACUUCUCGCUACCUCUACUGGAUCGUAUCGACAAGCCGCUCGACAUGCUAGACAAUGUGUCACGCUCAAUCGCCGUAUUUGGGCUGCUUUGGAGUCAAGAGCCAACGCAAGAAAAAUGGCUGCUGCAGAUGAUAUGGAAUCCGAAGCAGGAGCGGCGUUUGACCCGCUAAGUUCGGUGCGCAAUGACAAAGGGAUGCCACUGGUCAUGUCUGUAACGCACGAUGCCCUCAGCGGCCCCGACUUUUGGUCUUUGGUCCCCGCCUUGUAUCGGGCAUUGAUGCAACAAUCACAGAUCUUCGCCCACCAGGGACUGUUGCAUGAGGCCAUCUACGUCGCUGAACAAGCUGAGAAGAUUGCUUCCUCUACAGGAUCAGCUACACUCAUGAUCGACAAUGCCAGCUGGCGUGCUGAUUGUUGGGCCCAGAGCGGCAGACCUGACAAGGCCGAAAGCACCCUUGAUACACUUAGCUUAGCUUCUUCGCGAAAGUGCCUAUCAACCGCGGGAUACCAUUCUGCUAUCGCCAGGACACACCACUGGAACAGCCGAUAUGGAGAAGAGAUAGAAUCUUACUCCCGCAUGGAGCAGCUCAUCACAGAACUGAGUUCCCCUUGUUACAUCAGAAGUUUAGAGACUUUCUCACCUUCAGUCGACGCGCUUGCAGAGCAGAUUUCAUCCUUGGCGUUGCAACCUCCAGCCUCUUCCAAGGCCAGAGCGGCGGGUGCAAGAGGUCGUAAACCCGUAGUGAAAGCUGCCGCAAAAGCGGUGCCGAAGCCAGUAACCAACGCACGUACUAGGACCACUGCAGCAGCCACUGCUAAGGCUGUCCCCAAGACUACACGCCAAGCUAGGUCUCCCAUAGUUCCGGAGGCGUCCAGUAUUGCCGACCAAUGCUCUGCGUUGCAGAUUCUGCAAGCAAGCAUGAGAGAUCGAGCCAUACUUGCAAACAUAUUACACGAUGACCUCACUAAGGCCUUGGAUCUUCUUGGACAAGCAGAAGAGUUGCAGACUGGUUUGGGUCAAGAAGUUUCGCACAUGUGGGCUACUUUCAAAGCGAGGCUUGCGCAAAGCACAAAGCAGAUCGCAGAAGAUUUUACCGUGAAUACCUUGCCAGAGUCGACCAUUGCGUUUCCUGCUUUUGGUCUUAAAGAAAGCACACUCUCUGAAACGGCAAUUUCUAAGAAAGGCACCAUCGUACCAACAAAAGGCGGCCGAACCAAGAAGCGGUCGAAAGAAGACUUCAUGGACACGCUUCGGGAGGCACGCGAGAGACUUGUAGAAGCGCAUAGCCUUUGUGCUACUAACGGCUCCAAUCACUUGUUCCGUCAGACUUCCAUAGCGCUAGGUCACGUCACUGUGUUGAUGUCUGCCGUGUGUGGCAGUGAGCUACCUGGCUCGCUUCACCCCCUAUAUGCAGCCUACAUGAGUGAAGUACCAAAGGUGAAUGCGUUGAGGCUCGUGCAAGAGUCGACUGAAGGAGAAAAGGAGCAAAUGUCACGGGAUGAAUGUCUGCAAUGGCCAGUCUCGGAUCCCUCUCGCUUUACCUUGGGCUCAAUCUCGGACUUCCAGAAGGACUAUAUUGACAUCAUUCCGGAUACAUGGACCGCUGUAUCGCUCGAACUUAGUGAGGAACGCGAUGAACUCUUCAUUACCCGGUUUGAAAGUGGAUUGUCGCCCUUCGUAUUGCGCUUGCCCCUAGCUCGCCACGCUUCCCGUGAGAUGGAUGAGGAAGAGUUUUCUUUUGCGGAUGGCAAAAGGGACUUUGAUGAGAUUAUUGAGCUCAGCGACUUUAGUACGCGAUCCGCGAAGGACAUGACCUCGAGAGAAGCAAGACAGCAGUGGUGGGCUGAACGUGAAGCCCUUGACACCAGGCUUCAUGAGCUUCUCAUCAACAUGGAGAACAUAUGGCUUGGCGGCUUCAAGGGUGUCUUUUCACAAUACGAAAGACAGCCAACUCUUCUUGCUCGCUUCCGGAAAGCGUUCGAAAGUAUACUCAACGAUCAUUUGCCGUCUCGUCGGAAGAAGAGUCAACAAAAGCGACCGGUUUUGGAUACACGAGUUCUGGAGUUGUUCAUUGGACUAGGCGAUGCUACCAAUCAGGAUCUCGAUUUGGACGAAUCUCUAAUGGAUUUGAUCUAUUUUGUGGUCGACGUUCUUCAGUUCAACGGUGAGUGCAAUGCGUACGACGAACUCGACUUUGAUGCCAUGGUGGUCGAAACGUACGAAGCUUUGCGCGCCUACCAUAGCGCAUCUCAGAAACCGGACACUGCUACUCGGCACACUAUACUGAUCUUGGAUAACAACCUACAUGCAUUCCCCUGGGAGUCCCUUCCAUGUCUAGAGCAGCUGUCUAUCUCAAGGCUGCCUUCGCUUGCGGCCCUUCGCGAGCGACUGCUCUCCGCGCGGUCUUCGACAGCUCACCCAGACGCCGCUCCCGGUCAUUACAUAUGCCCCGACGCAGGAGGCACAAGCAUGCUUAAUCCUUCGGGUGACUUGGCUCACACAUCCAAAACAAUCAAGCCCCACCUUGACGAACUCCAAGGACCUUGGAAUCACAUCAGAAACCGAGCGCCGUCGGAGAAAGAAUUUGAGGAGGCGCUGCGGGAGAAGAAUCUGGUCCUUUACUUUGGCCACGGCUGUGGAGCACAAUACGUCAAAUCAAAAUCGGUUCGACGCCUCUACCCCGGCCCACAAGACGCAAAUGGGAGAAAGCCAGGCUGUGCAACGACGCUUCUUUUCGGCUGCUCGUCUGUACAUCUUACCGAAAACGGUAUCUUUGAGCCUUCUGGCAUGCUCGCUUCCUACCUUACUGCGGGCGCACCUGCAGUUGUCGGCAUGCUCUGGGACGUUACAGACAAGGACUGCGAUCGUCUCGCUGUCAGAGCAGGCGAACUAUGGGGCCUCUGGCCCGAGGCACAAGAAGAUGCUCUUCCGCCAAAGACGCCUGCCAAGCCAGCCGCGAAGAAGUCAAAGGGCAAAGGCCGGGUUGGUCAGUUGGUGGAUGACGUCGAGGGGGUUAGAAGUUUGGGAAGUGUGAAGAAGGGGAAGAAGACGGCAAAGACGGCUGAUGAGGAUCGGCGAUCGUCGGAACUCCACAAACCCACCGAAGCGAACCCUCGGAAGGCGCUUUUAGUCGUCUUCGCACCAACAUCGAUGAUCAUGGCGGAACGCCCGGCUAAAGCAGGUCCGUCUCGGAAACGAGCACUCGUCAGUUGCGACCGUUGCAAGAUCCGGCGAGCGCGAUGUAUUCGCGACAACGCAGACGUGCCAUGCGCCGACUGCAAGGCAGCUGGCGUGCAAUGCGAAUCCAAACUGCCUCGUAAGCAACGAGUAUACGGUAGUGUGGAAACCUUGAGCCUGCGCUACAGAGCUCUUGAGUCGCUAGUCAAGGGCCUGUUUCCCAAUGAAAAUGUUCAGGACACCGAGACACUGUUCAAGCUGGCGGCGGCAAGGAAUAUAUCCAUGCCUGCCAGUGACGACUUCACCCCAGCCGAUAUCUUCAACAAAAAUGAGCGAGAAGCACCGACGCCGGGUGGGCAGCGACAGGAGCCUUCGCCAAACCUCCUUCGCUCAGGCAUGGCUGUUACUCCUAGUCAAUCUACUCAAAGCACAUCUGUCGCGUCUACUACACCCAAACACCAUCAACCUACCCCUGCUGUUACUGAAGCGCGACGACCAUCAGCCGACGUUCGUGCCGCCCACGGCUCCUCACACUACUUCGGCCCCUCGAGUAGUUUCCGACUCGCAACUACAAUACGAAGCUUGGCAGCACGAUGGAAAGCUGCGUCUGGCGCAGACUUUCCCUGCAUCCCCUUAUAUGGCUCUGGAUCCGGCGCGUCUAUCAAUCGCAGCAGCACAAACGCAUCCGAAGAUGACUACGCCAUGCCCAGAACUAACUGGCUACCAAUCCCAACUAGCAGAAGUCGCAAGAGAUCCAGAUCACAGGUAGAGUCCUCGAGUGAUCAGUCGCUACCACGAGACCCAGGCCCCAUUGCCGAAACCAUCGGUGACUUUUUACCGGAGAAACACAUUGCGGAUGCACUGACCGCUGCCUAUUUCGACCAUGUUCACACCUACAUGCCUCUUUUCAAUAGAAGCGUGUUUCAGAAUCGACUGGAGGAAACAUAUUCUCGGCACUUGCAACCCCUGGAGGACUCUAAGCAGCCGGGGUGGUUGGUGAUAUUGGCCUUGGUCUUCGCCUUUGGAUGCCAGCAGGUUCGAGCACUUGAUGCAGAGCAGACGCAUGAACUUCGCCUCAAGUACCUUGUUUUCGCCAAAGGCUACUUUCGACAACUCUUGACAACAACGUGCUUGGACAACUCAAUUACCAUGGGCAUGCAUCGCGAUAGUUCAAACCUAGACUUCGACCCAAUCGAACGAGAUAUGCGCCGUCAGGUCUGGUGGACCAUUUAUAUCUUCGAGAAGACGCUGUGUAGUAUUCUGGGACGACCAACAGCAAUCGACGAUCGAGAGAUGUCGAUGCACAUCCCCGAAUCACCAACACUUGAGCAGACCGGCGCCACUGCCACAUUUAUGAGUCUCGGCUUCGAACUUGUCCGCAUGUCCUACACCAUCCGACAGCAUGCCUACUUUGAUUAUACUUCAGCCGAAGAACGCUCACCUACCCUCGCUGUCGCAAAAUCUUUACUUCGCCAGUGCGACAAUUUCUUUGCAAGCAUACCGCCGCACAUGCUAGUAGAGUACUCAUCAGCCCAAGAUGAAAAGCCAACAAUUCUGUUACUGCAUAUUUACUAUUACUACACACGUUGCAUCAUAACACGAGACUUCCUCGUCCACAAAGUCGACAGCAAUAUAAGCUACAUGGAAGGGAAGCCAUUUCCAAUCACGGAGGAUUGGCAAACAACGCUCAUUUUGGCGGAAGACUGCGUAGAAUCGGUGCAUAGAAGCCUCCAAUACAUUACGAUUGGGAUCGAUCUUGGCAUCAUCGGCUACUCCUGGUUGGACUUUUUCUACGUCUUCCACGCUGUUCUGAUCGUAUGCGCAGACUUCCUUGCGCGACCGAGGGAGCAAAUAGAUUCGGCGAAGGAUACCGAGCGCAAAACGACGGUGCGUAUGGUGCUUGAUCAGGUACGCGGCAUGCACAGGCUUGCGCCUACAUACAAGACCCUUAGCCAGAUUGCGCUGCAGUUUGCCACUAUAACCGGCGUUACGGAAGACAAGAAACCACCAAUUCCAGUGGAAACGCAACAAGAGCCGCCGCUGAUGGAGCCCGCAGGAGCGAUGGUAGACGACUGGAGCAUGGAUCACCUAGUCGAGAUAUCAGAUCUGGGGGAGGACUGGUUCACCAAUGCGACAACGGACCUAGGGCUAGACUUUUUCGACUUGAGCCAUUCGAACCCAGCGAUGACAUUCCCGCCUACAGAUCCUAUUUCUCAUGCUGCAACUAUAGGCGACCCAACAACUGAUGCGGUAGAUGACUGGACGGCGAGGACGAUAAGAGGGAUGCACACGAUUUAGACACGAGAUCACGCAACGAGUCGGUGACGACUUCAUUUGUUAUGACACAAAAUUGUACGAUUAGGGAAAACGGAAAGUUAAUCCAGAAUAAUGAUACCGUGGA